UUUUUGAAGAAUUUACGUUGUCAAAUAUAUGACUUCAAUUCUAUAUAAACAAUUUUUUGUAAUUUUAUAAAAGAUAGAUUUGUAUUUUUGGAAUAUUAAUAUGAUAGUGAUUUAUUUUUAAUUAAAAGUGAUAAAAUAGAGAAAUGGAGUCGAGUGAGUCUAUUGAUAUUAGUUCAAUCGAGUUCACUUUGGAGGAUACGUACGAACAUUUGAAAGAUAUAAAAAAGGAAAGAGAAUUAGAAAUACAGCAAUUGAUGAAUAUUAUCAAAAACAAUGAGAUUCGUACAUUGGAUUCAAACAUAACACCCGAAGAAAUACGUUAUAAAAGAGCAAAAUAUGUACAAUCGCUAGAUAAAUACGUUAAAUUAGAACAGCCCAGAGAUCUUCCAAUUGUAAAUACAGCUGAUUUUUAUACCAGUGUUCUUAAAGACCUUGAGGAUGAAGUUACCACAAGCGAAGAACUCAAUGAAGCAGCUGACGAAGAAAUUAAAGAAUUAGAAAGCGAUAUAAAUUAUUUAGAGAACCAGAUAGUCACAUUUAAGCAAAUGAAAGAGGCAACUUUGUCUACCGAAGAUAAUGAAACAACUAAUUAUAAAGCUGAAAUGAUUGUAAUAAAACGCUUAUUUAACGAGGUUAAAAAUGAUUUGGAAAUUGUAGUCGAUACGCUAUUUCCUGCUAAUCAUGGCUUCCAAGAAUUAUUAUGCGUUCUUACGAGAGCUCUAUCGAAAGGUGGAGAUGAUUUGUACAUAGAUGUUACGCCUGAUACUUUAGAUUUUAUUAACUUUUUGGAAGAAGCGGAUAUUAUUCAAUUUCAUCCUCAUGAUAAAACUAAAAUUAAACUUAUGAAUAUGUAA